AUGCCGCUGAUGCCGCCGAUCUCUAGCUGCAUUUUUGAACGCUUUUUUUUUCCAAAUAUUACUUAUUUCUUCGACAGAAGUCAAAGGAAGAGAAAAAAAGAAAAUGAAGAACAAGGAGAAGAAGAAGAGAAGCAAGGAGAAGAAGAAGACGACGAAGACUAUGAUAAUAAUGAUAAUGAUGAAGAAGAGGAGGAAGACGAAGAUUUUUGA